AUGGAUCUAAAAGACUAUUACCUGUUGGGCACCCUACUCGCCUGCAUAUGGUUAGAUCCUUCAAUUGCCCAAGAACUGAUCUAUCCCAUCAGAGAGGAGUUGCAAGAAAAUGUCCUCAUUGGAAACAUACCAAAGGACCUAAACAUUUCCCACACAAAUGCUGCCACUGGAGCAAGUGCUAAUCUCGUGUACCGGCUUGUCUCCAAGGCAGGAGAUAACCCACUGGUCCGCGUUCUGAGCAGCACUGGAGAGAUUUUCACAACAUCAAACCGAAUCGACAGGGAGAAGUUGUGCCCUGGUCCCUCGUUUGAGGACAGCGAGUGCUCCUUUGAAAUUGAAGUGGUCAUUCUGCCUAAUGAUUAUUUCAGGCUGAUUAAGAUCAAAAUAAUCGUCAAAGACACAAAUGAUAAUGCCCCCAUGUUCCCAUCCCCUGUGAUCAACAUCUCCAUCCCAGAGAACACGCUCAUUAACAGCCGCUUUGCUAUUCCUUCUGCCACUGACCCGGACACUGGACCCAACAGUGUCCACAAAUAUGAGCUGAUCAAUGGGCAAAGUGCCUUUGGCUUAGACAUAGUGGAAACACCUGAGGGGGAGAAGUGGCCCCAGCUCAUUGUGCAGCAGAAUCUGGACAGAGAGCAGAAGGAUACAUAUGUAAUGAAGAUCAAAGUGGAGGAUGGUGGCAGUCCUCAGAAAUCCAGCACUGCCAUUCUUCAAGUUACUGUAACUGAUGUCAAUGAUAACAGACCAGUGUUUAAGGAAAGUCAAGUAGAGGUGCAUAUACCGGAGAAUUCUGCUAUUGGAACAUCUGUUGUGCAGCUUCAAGCUACAGAUGCCGACAUAGGGGCAAAUGCAGAGAUUCGAUACGUAUUUGGGACUCAGGUGUCGCCUGCUACAAAAAGACUGUUUGCACUGAAUACAACAUCAGGCCUAAUCACAGUGCAGAGGCCUUUGGACAGGGAGGAGACUGCUAUACAUAAGCUCUCUGUUUUAGCUAGUGAUGGCAGCUCGAGUCCUGCCAGAGCUACUAUUACAAUAAAUGUGACUGAUGUUAAUGACAAUCCACCUAAUAUAGACCUGAGAUACAUAAUCAGUCCCAUUAACGGCACGGUUUUCCUGUCAGAGAAGGAUCCCAUCAAUACCAAGAUAGCUCUCAUCACAGUGUCAGAUAAAGACACUGACAUCAACGGCAAGGUCAUUUGUUUCAUAGAGAAGGAUGUGCCCUUCCAUCUCAAAGCAGUGUAUGACAACCAAUAUCUGUUAGAGACAUCAGCACUGCUUGACUAUGAAGGGACCAAGGAAUAUAACUUUAAAAUUGUAGCUUCUGACUCUGGGAAACCAAGCUUGAAUCAGACUGCUUUGGUAAGAGUGAGGCUGGAGGAUGAAAAUGACAACCCGCCUAUUUUUACUCAGCCAGUUAUUGAGCUGGCUGUCAUGGAAAACAACAAACGCGACCUGUUCCUUACUACUCUUAGUGCCACAGAUGAGGACAGUGGGAAAAAUGCAGAGAUAGUUUAUCAGCUGGGACCAAAUGCGUCAUUCUUCGAUCUUGACCGCAAGACAGGGGUUCUGACUGCAUCCAGAGUGUUUGACCGGGAAGAUCAGGAUAGGUUCCUCUUCACUGUAACGGCAAGAGAUAAUGGGACUCCGCCUCUGCAAACACAGGCAGCUGUCAUUGUAACUGUUCUGGAUGAAAAUGACAACAAUCCAAAGUUCACUCACAACCACUUUCAGUUCUUUGUGUCUGAAAAUCUCCCCAAAUACAGCACUGUUGGAGUGAUAACUGUGACAGAUUCAGAUGCUGGAGAAAAUGCUGCUGUUUCUCUUUCCAUACUGAAUGACAAUGAGAACUUUAUACUGGAUCCUUACUCUGGGGUGAUAAAAUCUAAUGUGUCAUUUGAUAGGGAGCAACAAAGCUCCUACACAUUUGACGUCAGGGCUGUAGACAGUGGCAGGCCUCCCUGCUCCUCAGCUGCCAAGGUGACCAUUAAUGUCAUUGAUGUGAACGACAACACCCCCGUUGUCAUGUUCCCUCCAUCCAACACAUCUUUCAAGCUUGUCCCUCUCUCCUCUAUCCCAGGAUCUGUGGUAGCAGAAGUGUUUGCUGUAGAUAGUGAUACAGGGAUGAAUGCAGAACUCAAAUACACCAUAGUGAGCGGCAACAACAAGGGGCUGUUUAGGAUCGACCCUGUCACAGGGAAUAUUACUCUGGAGGAGAAGCCAGCAGUGACUGACAUAGGCUUACACAGAUUAGUGGUCAACAUCAGUGACCUGGGAUAUCCUAAGUCCCUCCAUACUUUAGUUCUGGUAUUUCUUUACGUCAAUGACACUGUGGGCAACUCAACACUAAUCUAUGAUCUCAUCCGGCGCACCAUGGAGACCCCAAUUGACCGUAACAUUGGUGAAAGCAGUGAAACUUAUCAAAGUGGUGACUAUUUAACCAUAAUGAUAGCCUUUGUUACUGGCGCUUUAGUGGUGAUUAUUGUCAUCUUUGUCACUGUGCUGCUGCGCUGCCGCCAUGCUUCCAGGUUCAAAGCUGCACAGAGGAAAAAACAGGGGGCUGAGUGGAUGUCACCCAACACAGAGAACAAGCAGAAUAAGAAGAAAAAGCGCAAGAAAAGAAAAUCCCCAAAAAGCUCUCUGCUCAACUUUGUCACUAUUGAGGGGAACAAACCUGACGAUCCUGCCCACGAGCCAAUCAACGGAACCAUCAGCCUGCCCACCGAGCUGGAGGAGCAAGGGAUUGGACGCUUUGAUUGGAAUGCCACACCUACCACAACAUUCAAACCUGGCAGCCCAGACCUGGCCCGGCACUACAAAUCCGCCUCGCCGCAGUCGGCCUUCCACCUCAAGGCCGACACGCCAGUCUCAGUGAAGAAGCAUCACGUGAUUCAGGAGCUCCCAUUGGAUAACACAUUUGUUGGGGGCUGUGACACCCUUUCCAAGAGGUCCUCCACAAGCUCCGACCACUUCAGUGCCUCAGAGUGCAGCUCCCAAGGAGGGUUCAAGACGAAGGGGCCCAUGCACACCAGACAGCAGGCUCCCAUUGGUGGAACGUUAACUCGUGCCCGAACUGAACUCAACCCUGAAUAUCUGGACCUUCGUCCGCGAGCUGAGCUGAACCCUGAAUAUUGGACCCCUUGCACCCCUUUAUCGCAGCGGCGCGUCACGUUUCACCUGCCGGAUGGCUCCCAGGAGAGCUGCAGUGACAGCGGUCUGGGGGACCACGAGCCUGUAGGCAGUGGCUCCCUCCUCACACAACCUCUCCCUCUGGUGCAGGCGCAAGACGACUUCUAUGAGCAGGCCUCCCCUGAUAAGAGGACUGAAGCUGAUGGCAACUCUGAUCCCAACUCUGAUGGCCCCCUGGGGCCUCGUGGUCUAGUGGAAGCUACAGAGAUGUGUACACAGGAAUGCCUUGUCCUGGGACAUUCAGACAACUGCUGGAUGCCCCCGACUUUGGGAACAUACCACCAGCCCAAGUCACCUGUGUCCAGCUUUGGAUCUCAGAGGGAAUGGGGUCCCAAGGACAAACUUCUCAAUGGACAUACUCUGACCAGAACCUGGAAAAAUGAGAGUGGGCGGUCAGAUCAUUUUGGUGACAGGAAGCAGUUUGGGAGUGGAGAGGGACACUUCACCAGUGGCAUGGCUGAUAUUCCAAUGGAUAGUCUCAAGUCCUGCCAGCCAGCCUCCUGCCCAGACAGCCCAAAAGACCAGCAGCUAUAA